GGGGGGGGGGGGGGGGGGUCACAAGAGCUUUUCCCAACUGCCUAAAGAACAUCCCCCUCCAGUGAAGAUACCCACUGUUCCAUCCUGGGCACAUCUCAGUCAUGCAUGCAGACACAUCAGACACAUCAGUGAGUAAAGUGUAAAGGGGGGCCAAUGGCUUUAUUUCCUCCUGCCACAGGCGUUUGAUUGGCAGAUUGUUUAUCUCCAUGGCGAUACAGGACGUCACCAUGCGGCUGACAGUAAAUAAUCUGAAAAUCAGCUAAAGUGGGUGUUAUGAACCUGAGCCCCCAGGACUCUGGAAAGGUUUUCCCUCUCGGUCCUGGGGAUUAACUGCGUGAUAUUAUUUUCUGUUUCCGCCAGUCUCUGAAAAAUGCGUAACUCUCUCCUUUAAUCUGAAGGUGCUUCAUGUGCAUUUGAAAUACAACAGAUUUCUACAGCUAUAUGCUCAACACCGUUUAGUGGAGCGUGACUUGAAAGAUGCCUUUUAGCCAAACUGCAGCUCUGGUUCCAGAUUAGGGACUCAACACUCGUUUCCCUGUCAGAUGCAGGCUUGUGUGUGUGUGAUGUUUAUGAGUAAAUCUCCACUCUGCUGCUCCUGCUCUUCAGCCUGGCCUCAGUCCAACACAACACCUCCUGCAGGUGUGGGCAGAACCAGAUAGUCACUCCCCUUCUCUCUGUCACACAGUUUAUUAGAAACAAAACUUAAUUCUGUCUCUGUCAGUGUGAGCAGUAAAAUGGCUGAAGGUGGAGGUUUACUGGAUCAGGACCAGUUCAGCUGUCCGAUCUGUCUGGAUGUAUUGAAGGAUCCGGUGGCUAUUCCCUGUGGACACAGUUUCUGUAUGGACUGUAUUAAGGGCUGCUGGGAUCAGGAUGACCAUACUGGUGUCUACAGCUGUCCUCAGUGCAGACAGACCUUCACUCCAAGGCCUGUUCUGGGCAGAAACAUCAUGCUGGCUGAAGUGGUGAAGAAACUGAAGAAGACAGGACUUCAAGCUGCACCUCCUGCUCACUGCUAUGCUGGACUUGGAGACGUCCCAUGUGAUGUCUGCACUGGGAGAAAGCGCAAAGCUGUCAAGUCCUGUCUGGUGUGUCUGGCCUCUUACUGUGAAACUCACCUCCAGCCUCACUAUGAAUCUCCUCCUCUUAAGAAGCACAAACUGGUGGAAGCCACUGGAAACCUGCAGGAGAAGAUCUGCUCUCAUCAUAACAAACUGCUGGAGGUUUACUGUCGUACCGAUCAGCAGUGUAUCUGUUAUCAGUGUGUGAUGGAAGAACACAGAGGCCAUGAUACAGUCUCAGCUGCAGCAGGAAGGACUGAGAAACAGAAGCAGCUGGGGGUGACACAAAAAAAAUUCCAGCAGAGAAUCCCGGAGAGAGAGAAGGAGCUGCAGGAUCUGAGACAGGCUGUGCAGUCACUCAAGCGCUCUGCACAGGCAGCAGUGGAGGACAGCGAGAGGAUCUUUACUGAGCUGAUCCGCUCCAUUGAGAGAAGGCACUCUGAGGUGAAAGAGCUGAUCAGAGAUCAGGAGAAGGCUGCAGUGAGUUGGGCUGAAAGACUCCUGGAGCAACUGGAGCAGGAGAUUGCUGAGCUGAGGAGGAGAGACGCUGAGAUGGAGCAGCUUUCACACACAGAGGAUCACAUCCAUUUCCUCCAGAGCUGUCAGUCUCUCUGUGCCCCUCCUGCACCUGAAGACUUACCCAGCAUCACUGUCAGUCCACACGUCUCUUUUGAGGCUGUGAGGAAAUCUGUCUCUGAACUGAAAGAGAAACUGGAGGACGUCUGCAAGGUGGAACUGGUCAAAAUAUCUGAAUCAGUGAAAGAAGUUUAUGCUGUAGAGCCCAGGACCAGAGACAAUUUCUUAAUGUAUUCCUGUCACCUCACACUGGACCCCGUCACAGCGCAUAAAUGCCUCCGUCUGCCUGAGGGGAACAGAGAGGUGACCCGUGUGGAAAAGAGGCAGUCAUAUCCUGAUCAUCCAGAGAGAUUUGAGCACUGGGUCCAAGUGCUGUGCAAAGAGGGUCAGUCUGGAUGCUAUUACUGGGAGACUGAGUGGAGUGGGGAUUGGGUUUAUAUAGCAGUGUCAUAUAAAGAGAUCGGCAGGAAAGGAGACGGUGAUGUCAGUCAUCUGGGAUAUAAUAACAAGUCCUGGAGUUUGCACUGCUCCCCCUCCAGUUAUUCUUUCAGGCAUAACAAUAAGAGCACUAAAAUCCCUGUCCCCCCCUCCUCCAGAGUAGGAGUGUACCUGGAUCACGGGGCAGGAACUCUGUCCUUCUACAGCGUCUCUGACACAAUGACCCUCCUGCACAAAGUCCAGACCACAUUCACUCAGCCCCUCUAUCCUGGGUUUAGGGUUGGUACUGGAACCUCUGUAAAACUGUGCGAUCUGGGAUGAGGGAGCAAAAUCAGCAGUAAUGAUACAAAAUAGGGUAAUUCAUAGGAAUAACACAGAUAAAUAAUGUUACAAAUGUAAUGAUACAAUUCAAACUAAUGAACUAAAUUAAAUGUAAAAAUCUAAUAUUCAUUCAUAAACUUUAUUCUUCAGUGUUCACAAUGUAUAAGAAGCAUUUUUAUGAGUUCCUGUCUGUUUCUGUAUCCUGUAUAAUUAUGCAAUUCUAUUUAUUUUACUUUUCUUCUUCUUGAGUGAUUUUAAGAUGUUUAUUAGACAUUACUGCCCUCCGCUGGUUGACUGAAAAAUAAUCACAAAAGUAAAUAAUAGAUGGCUAAAUGAAUUAAUCGAUAAAUCAAUAAACACUGAAUAAAUCCUAAACUUAUAUAUGAGAAAAUAGUCACUUUUGUUAUUUAUUUCCAGAGGUUAGAACAGCACUGGCUGAAGCUUUGCUUCAUUUCGGUGAUAUGCAGCUGUUCACAGAGAAUGAUGAAUGUUUCUUACACAAUUAAUUAAAAAAAUCAGAUCCAACAGUAAUCCAAUCAAAAUCGGAAACCCAGUAACACAUAAAAUUAUAUAACUAAAAUGUAAUAAUCAAAUUCAAAUUCAUGAGCAACAUUUAAUGUAAAAAUCAAAUAUUCUUUCAUGACCCUCGAUUUUCUUUGUAAUUCACGAUGUUAAAAAAGCAACAGACAUUCUUAGGAGUUUGUGGUACGCAUGCUUUCAUGAACUGAAUUCAUAACAAUAAGACUUACACAAUUCCAUUUACAGUAUUUUAUACUUUUCUUAUUAAUUUCCAGAGUUUGGAAAAGCUCUGGCUGUAGUUUGACUUUGUUUCUGUGAUGUGCAGAUGUAGAAUAAUGAGUUUGGGCACCAAACCAAAAACACAAAUUGUACAAUUGCUUAGUUUUGUUCAUUUUUUAAAUAAAGGUCUUUCAGUUUGUGA